UCAGUGGGGCGAGCUUGUCAUCCCCUCCCUCGCAGGCUUCCCAGACACCGAGUCUGGAAUGAAAAUUCACCUGCCUCUGAGUUGGCCACUGUUGGGGGAAGGGGUGUCACUCGGGUUCCCAGGUUGGAAGAUUAUCUCACCCAGCCUAAGCUAUAUAAGCUCACUGAGGUGGGGCAGCGCAGCAGGGCACGCUCCCGGGCUUCAUUCCACAGGAGAAAAACACAGACUCCCAGCUGCCAGCAUGAUGGUGCUGAAAGUUGAGGACCUGGUCACAGGAAAGAAGAACAGCAAUGGAGAGGCAAGGGAAUUCCUGCCUGAGGACUUCAGAGAUGGGGAGUAUGAAGCAGCUGUUACUUCGGAGAAGCAAGAGGAUCUGAAGACCCUUCCAGGCCACCACAUGAACCUGGCAGAGCAGCAAUGGAAAAGUGAGAAACAGCGAGAGACAGAGCUCAGAAAGAAAAAGUUAGAACAAAGAUCAAAGCUUGAAAAUUUAGAAGACCUUGAAAUAAUCAUUCAGCUGAAGAAAAGGAAAAAAUACAGGAGAACUAAAGUUCCAGUUGUGAAGGAACCUGAGCCCCAGAUCAUCACAGAACCUGUGGAUGUGCCUCGGUUCUUGAAGGCUGCUCUGGAGAAUAAACUACCAGUAGUUGAAAAAUUCUUGUCAGACAAGAACAGUCCCGAUGUCUGUGAUGAGUAUAAACGGACAGCCCUGCACAGAGCAUGCUUGGAAGGACAUUUGGCAAUCGUGGAGAAGUUAAUAGAAGCCGGAGCCCAGAUUGAAUUCCGUGAUAUGCUGGAAUCCACAGCCAUCCACUGGGCGUGCCGUGGAGGAAGCCUGGAUGUCUUAAAACUCUUGCUGAACAAAGGUGCAAAAAUCAGCGCCAGAGAUAAGCUGCUCAGCACAGCGCUUCAUGUGGCCGUGAGGACGGGCCACUUCGAGUGUGCGGAGCACCUCAUUGCCUGCGAGGCGGAUCUCAACGCCAAAGACCGAGAAGGAGACACCCCUCUGCAUGACGCUGUGAGACUGAAUCGCUAUAAGAUGGUCAGACUUCUCAUUAUGUAUGGCGCUGACCUCAGCAUCAAGAACUGUGCUGGGAAGACCCCGAUGGAUCUGGUGCUGCACUGGCAGAAUGGAACCAAAGCGAUAUUCACCAGUCUCCAGGAGAACGCGUACAAGACCUCUCGUAUAGCUGCUUUCUAGAGGAUGCUUCUCUCAGUAGCUGCUUGCUGGCACUUUGAGGGGACGGUCUGAAAGAAGGGGGAGCAGCCAUCAGGCCCAGCUUCUGUUGUCAGCCUGCUAUGAAGAUGUACCUAAUGAAGCCUCAAGAAAGCACAGGGUUAUAGGUGUUUCCUUUGAUGAAACUCACUCUAUUUCAUUUACUCCUGUUUAUUUAUUUUAUGACACCAAUAUUCAGACUUUCAUGAGCGUUCAUUUGGCAAGCAAAGCUUAAUUUAUCUCUAGCAUGUUCAGCAGCCCUAUAGUUGUAAGCCGUGUGGGUGAGCAGUGCUCUCAGAGCUUGCUGAGGUGUCCUCAGACACAAAAGAGAUUUGAAGGCUUCUGGAAGGACAAAGGUGAUAACUGCAGGGGUAUUUUCUUCACAACUUUUAAUGUUGACGUUUGCAUGAGCAGUGGGAGGCACGUAGUAACAGGGCAGGAAACAAAGGAUUGAAAGUGAUUCCAGGGUAGGGCGGUGAAGCCAGCCGCUUCAUUGUUGGGCCGGUUUGGCUUUUUCUUUGACCAAGUGGCGCAGGGUACCAAGGUGCACGAAGGUCAGGAGCGUAUGCGCAGGGCAGGCAAAGAGUCACCUCCGGAGCUACGCAGAGCUGCAUGUAAUAACAAGGAUGAAAGGAAAUACGAACUGUAAAUGUGAAGAUGUAUAUUGAGUUGUCUUUAUGUUUUAUAUUCAUAAUAAAAGCAAAUAAACUCUAAA